AUAAACUCUCUUUGCAAAAAGCAGAUCCAUUUUCUAAAUGGCUGCAGCUCAAGGGUAUCUUUAUUUGUGGAUAGUCUUCAGUUUAUCAUUGUUCUUGGCCUUGGCUCAAGAAGAAAACCAGUUCAUCUACCAUGGUUUCAACAACUCGAAACUGCAACUGGGUGGCUUGGCAAAGAUUCUUCCCAAUGGUCUAUUGCGGCUCACAAACACUUCUGAGCUAAAAACCGGUUAUGCUUUCUACCCUUCUCGUUUCAAAUUCAACUCAUCUACCUCUCAAACCCUUUCGUUUUCCACAACUUUCGUGUUUGCCAUGGUUUCAAAAACAAGCAGUUACUUUUCCAAUAAAGAAGAAAAGAAUGAAACUUUUGAGCUAGGAAGUGGAAAAUCAAUUCGGAUUUGGAUAGACUAUAAUGGAACAGAAAAAUUAUUCAGUGUAACAAUAGCUCCACUGAAAAUUCCAAAACCAAACAGGUCUCUGCUGUCAAAACAUAUCGAUCUCUCCGAAGUUCUAUUGGAGUCUAUGUAUGUUGGUCUUUCUGCAGCAACUGGUGCGCGUAUAAGUGAUCACUAUAUUCUCGGAUGGAGCUUCACCAAAAGUGGACCAGCACAAAACCUUGAUAUUUCAAAGCUUCCUCCUCCUCCACCACUUCCUCCACCUGAGAAAACCAAUUAGGGUCUAGAUCGAACUAUUACUGUUUUGCUUGUAGCACUAGCGGUUGCGCUGAUAACAGUUGGUGGAGCUGUUUACAUUGUGAGGAAGAAGAAAUAUGAAGAAGUAUAUGAGGACUGGGAAAAAGAAUAUGGUCCCCAUAGGCUCUUCUAUAAGAAUCUCUUCAAAGCAACCAAAGGUUUCAAAGAAAAAGAGGUUAUUGGACAGGGAGGUUUUGGACAGGUGUACAGAGGUGUUCUUCCUUCUAAUGUACAAAUCGCAGUCAAGAGAAUCAACCAUAACUCAAACCAAGGGAUGAAGCAAUUUGUGGCCGAGAUUGUGAGCAUGAGAAGGCUAAGGCAUAGGAAUUUGGUUCAACUCCAGGGCUAUUGCAGGCGUCGGGGGGAACUUCUAUUGGUCUAUGAUUAUAUGCCUAGUGGAAGCCUUGACAAAAUCUUAUAUGGCGAUACAAAACCAAACCUUAAUUGGUUUCAGAGAUUCCGGAUUUUCAGAGGAGUAGCUUCGGGCCUUCUUUAUCUCCAUGAAGAGUGGGAACAGGUUGUUCUGCAUAGAGACAUAAAAGCUGCCAACGUUCUUUUAGAUGCCGAUCUGAACGGAAAGUUAGGAGAUUUUGGGCUUGCUAGAUUACAUGAUCAUGGUAGCAAUGCACAAACCACCACUGUCAGUUAUCUAGCUCCAGAGCUGCUUAAGACUGGAAAAGCAAAUACUAGCACUGAUGUAUUUGCUUUUGGAGCGUUUAUGCUUGAGGUUGCCUGUGGAAGGAGGCCUAUAGAGCCUGGAAUGGUAGAUUUGGCUGCUUGGGUCAUUGAUUGCUGGAAAGGAGGAGCAAUUCUAGAUGUUAGUGACCCUAGAUUGGAAGGUAUGUAUGUGGAAGAGCAAAUGGAGUUGGUUCUUAAACUUGGCCUCUUUUGUUCACACUCUAACCCAGAAACUAGGCCUAGCAUGAAGCAGGUGGCGCAGUAUCUGGACCGUGAAGCAAAAUUGCAGUAUAACUCCAGAUAGCGCCAUGGUAGGCACAACAACAGCGAGGAAUGAAGCUCCUGAUAUUGUUUUGUCAUUUGAUUCCUUGCCUGGAAGUAUUUCUUCCCACACCUUGUCCACUGUUGAUUCAAUCCUCGUGCUGGGCCGCUGAGUCAAGAGUUUUAUGCAAUAGCUGCGUCCUUUGGACAUAUCAUGGUUGGAGGAUAAAGAGAAAUAUUCAAAGAUUCUGAAAUACUCUGUUUCUCUAACUUUUGAAUUUGUAA